UAGAUCAUGCGUGAGUCAACUCUACGAAAACCACAACUUGCAGAAUUCGAUCCAAGAUCUCUCAAGUGAUGUGUUUAAGAUAAGAACACACUUGGUUAUGCUGUAAUACACAGUGAAUCUAUCUGUCAUCCCACACUCUCUAUAUAUUACAAACUUCUGAAAGUACUACUUGAUCAUUUACUCACUAAUUAUCAAGUAAUGAUGGCGAAGAACACGAUCCUUGUAAUGGGUCUUCUGCUAUUGAGUUGCUUCACGUCCAUUUCAGCAACAGACGAAUACAUAAGAUACAAAGAUCCGAAACAACCAAUAGGUGCUCGAGUGAGAGACUUGAUGAAGAGAAUGACUUUGGAGGAGAAGAUUGGACAAAUGACGCAAAUCGAACGAGGUGUUGCAUCUGCUUAUGCAAUCAAGAAUUGGUAUAUUGGUAGUGUAUUGAGUGGAGGAGGAAGUGUGCCAGUUCCUCAAGCCACUGCUAGAGAUUGGGUUAAUAUGGUAAAUGGGUUCCAAAAGGGUGCUCUCUCUACCCGUCUUGGGAUCCCAAUGAUGUAUGGAAUCGAUGCCGUUCAUGGCCACGGUAACGUCUACAAGGCAACUAUCUUCCCCCAUAAUGUAGGGCUUGGAGUGACCAGGGAUCCUGAGCUCAUCAAGAAGAUUGGAGCUGCAACUGCUCUAGAAGUUAGAGCUACAGGAAUUCCUUAUGUUUUUGCUCCAUGUAUUGCGGUUUGUAGAGAUCCAAGAUGGGGUCGGUGUUAUGAGAGCUAUAGUGAAGAUCCCAAAAUCGUGCAGCUAAUGACAGAGAUCAUAUCUGGUUUACAAGGAGAAAUUCCAAAGAAAUAUGCAAAAGGUGUUCCGUUUGUUGCCGGAAAGAACAAUGUGGCAGCUUGUGCUAAGCACUUCGUGGGUGAUGGUGGCACCACUAAGGGUAUCAACGAAAAUAACACCGUGAUAAGUAGAAAAGGAUUGUUCGACAUUCACAUGCCGGCUUACCGUAAUUCAGUUUACAAGGGUGUUUCAACUAUCAUGGUCUCAUACAACAGCUGGAAUGGGAUAAAGAUGCAUACCAACAAGGAUCUUAUCACUGGUUUCCUCAAGAACACACUCAAAUUCAGGGGUUUCGUAAUCUCCGACUGGGAGGGUAUUGACAGGAUCACGUCUCCUCCUCAUGCGAAUUACACAUAUUCAAUUUUAGCUGGAAUAAAUGCUGGCAUUGACAUGAUCAUGGUUCCCAACACCUUCCACGAAUUCAUUGCUGGUCUAACAAAAUUGGUGGAGCAAAAGUUCAUCAAGCGAAACCGAAUUGACGAUGCUGUGAGCAGAAUCUUGAGGGUUAAAUUUACUAUGGGACUUUUUGAAAACCCAAUCGCUGAUCUUAGCCUUACUAAACAACUCGGAAGCCAGGAACACAGAAAUUUAGCGAGAGAAGCAGUGAGAAAAUCACUAGUUCUACUGAAGAAUGGUAAGUCUUCAGCUUAUCCGAUGUUGCCGCUUCCCAAGAAGGCCCCAAAGAUCCUUGUUGCAGGAAGUCAUGCUAAUAACCUUGGUAACCAAUGUGGUGGCUGGACAAUCACAUGGCAGGGACUUACCGGGAAUAACCUCACAUAUGGUACAACGAUACUCCAAGGAAUCAAAAGCACCGUUGACAAAAAAACCAAAGUAGUUUUCAAUGAAAACCCUGACGCAAAAUUCUUGAAGAACAACAAGUUCUCUUACGCCAUUGUUGUUGUUGGUGAACCUCCAUAUGCCGAGCAAUUCGGUGACAGCAUGAACCUGACAAUCUCUGAGCCAGGCCCGAGCACAAUUAAAAACGUGUGUGGAUCCGUCAAAUGUGUUGUUGUUGUCGUCUCUGGCAGACCUGUCAUGAUCCAACCUUACCUUGCCAAAAUUGAAGCACUAGUAGCAGCAUGGUUGCCAGGAACUGAAGGUCAAGGUAUUGCUGAUGUUCUAUUCGGUGAUUACGGGUUCACUGGUAAGCUUGCUCGAACUUGGUUCAAGAACGUCGAUCAACUUCCAAUGAAUGUUGGUGACAAGCACUAUGAUCCUCUCUUCCCGUUCGGGUUCGGAUUAGUUACAAAGCCAAAAACUUACACUUAGGAAUGAAACCAUAUUCAUCAAAUGAACUUAAUUGUAACAAUUUUCCUUUCAGCAAAUUGUACUUCAAGAGCUUAGUAUAAACUUUUAUUGCUUUCCUAU